AUGGUUGAUCUGAUGAAGAAGCCAGAGAAAGAUGGAGAAGACUCUUUCAAGCUCAACACAGAUCAUAUCAAAGGAAUGAUAUCGGACAUACUUCUUGCAGGGAUUGGCACAAGCGUGGACACGAUAAUAUGGACAAUGACGGAACUAAUCAGAAACCCGAACGUGAUGAAGAAAGUGCAAGAUGAGAUUCGAUCAACACUCGGAGACAAGAAGGAGAGAAUCGCAGAAGAAGAUCUCACCAACCUCCAUUACUUGAAACUCGUGGUUAAUGAGACGCUAAGAUUACACCCACCAUUUCCCCUUUUUCUCCCAAGAGAGACAUUGACUCAAGUCAAGAUUCAAGGCUACGAUAUUCCCGCCAAAACACCGAUCAUGAUCAACGUUUACGCGCUCGCGCGCGAUCCAAAACACUGGACAAACCCAGAUGAUUUUAACCCGGACAGGUUUGUAGACAGUUCCAUAGAUUACAAAGGACUAAACUUUGAGCUGUUACCGUUUGGUUCUGGUAGGAGAAUAUGUCCCGGGAUGGGACUGGGAAUCACACUUGCUGAAUUGGGAUUGUUGACUAUGCUCUACUUCUUCGACUGGGGAUUGCCAGAGAAGCAAGAAGCCGACAAGAUCAUCACAGACAAUGAAGUUUCUCUUGACCUCUUUCAAGUUGUUCGCCACUGA